AUGGCUCCCCAACAGACACAGGCCGGGCCAUAUAUUGUCUUGCAUGACUACCUGUCGGACGUCACUUGGGGACAUACACUGCUCGUUGCAUUUGGAAUUUGGCUUGGAUAUGCUAUCGUAAUCGCGUUUCAGAGACUAUGGCUAAGUCCUAUAUCUCAUAUACCAGGACCAAAACUUGCAGCACUAACACAGUACUAUGAAUUCUAUUACGACAUUAUCUUGGGUGGGCAAUACACCUUUAAAAUCAUGGAAAUGCACAAAAAGUAUGGUUCCGUUGUUCGUAUCAGCCCUUGGGAAGUGCAUGUCGGCGAGCACGACUUCCACUCCGAGUUGUUUGGCGGCCCAACACGACCCAGACAGAAGUGGGCGUUCUGGGUAAAGCAAUUUGGGGCUCCUUACAGUGCCCUCGCAACUAUCGAUCAUGAUCACCACAAAUUGCGCCGAUCGGUCCUCAACCCAUUCUUCUCUGCUCAGAGUGUUCGUAGUCUACAACCAGUCAUUGAAGAGCGAGUUGACAGGCUCCUCAAAGCCCUCUCCAAAUACGCGGCUACUCAACACGAGAGGCCCAUCGAUAUCAUGUACCCUUUCUCGGCCUUUACAAAUGACGUCAUAAACGAAUAUGCUUUCGCUCGCAGCGAUCACUUGAUUGAGCAGUCAGAUUUUGGACGCGAGGUGACAGACAACUUACUAAUGGGGACACACAUGGGACCACUCAUAAAGCAUGCCAACUGGGCUCUGACGCUUGUCAAUGGUCUACCCGAAUUCUUUUCGGCUCGAUGCGUUCCAGGCUGGUCGGGGUUUCUGAAAAUGAAAAAUGAUAUUCUCAAUCAAAUAAGGACGAUCCAGUCAACACAGGAUACUAAGGAAUGGCAGCUUGACGUCAGCCACCCUACCAUUUUCCAUGAAUUACUUUCCUCGAAGCAUCUUCCGGAAGGCGAGAAGACGCCUACCAGAUUGGCCCAAGAGGGCCAGAUAUUGGUCCAAGGAGGCACACUCACCACGUCGUGGGCCCUUUCAUUGGCAACCUUCCACUUGCUUCAUCGACCGUCGACACUUAGGGCACUUCGCGACGAACUGUUGGCCAAUAUUCCCGAUGCCGAUGAAGUUACACCACUAGCGAAACUCGAAAGCCUGCCCUACUUGCGAGCCGUUGUCAAAGAAACUUUGCGACACAGUAUUGGCACGAGCGGGAGACUAUCUCGAAUUGCUUUAGAUGAGGCGUUUGUCGUCCAUGACCACGAAAACGGGAAAAAAUGGCACAUUCCCAAGGGGACAGUGGUCAGCAUGAGCCCAUACAAGACCGUAAUGGACGAGAAACUAUUUCCCGACCCUCUGGUAUUUCACCCCGAGCGCUGGCUCAACAGUGGUGAGCGACUCGACAGGUACCUGACCAUUUUCGGAGGCGGAACGCGCAGUUGUUUGGGGCUGGCCCUCGCCCAGGCCGAGUUGUAUCUCACUCUUGCCAAACUUUUCCGUCGAUGGGGAAGCGGUGGCAUUUUCAAAGGGGAUGCCACGGGCGAUAUCCGCCCUGGAGAUGUUGGGGCUCUUAAAAUUUUCGAAACAACUCCUCGAGAUUGUCAAAUGGCAUCAGACUACUUUAUUCCCAUUCCAUACAAGGGCUCGAAAGGCAUUCGUUUUGUUCUAAAUUUACCCUCGGCUGGUUGA